AUGAGAAUACCCUAAGCAUUUUACGAAAGCAUAGCUAAAAGAUUCAAAAGACUUAAACAAAUUGAUUUAGAAGACUUCAGUUGGAUAGAAACUACAAAUAAACCCUUAAUAGAAAGAAUUUCAGACUUUGCAUAAUGUAAAUAAUUACAAGAUCCUAAAUACAUAUGUAUUAUCAGUGAAACCAUUGAUAAGAUUCUAGAAGCAGGAGUGGCUUUGUUUAAAGAAUAAAAUUAAAAUCCUUGUAUUUAAUUACUUGGAGAAUGUGAUUCAAUUUAAAUUUGGAAUUUAUGUUUAUAGUGUUGUGAUUUAAUUGUGACUUGUAGCAAUCCUAAAAUAGGUAUUCAUUUAAAUUAUAUCGAAAGUUGACAUGAUAUUCAGUCAUGAGCAUCUAUUAACUUUAAUAUUUCACAAUCCAGAUUACAAUUUGUCAAAUACUUAAAAAAUUGUAUAAUGUAUUUAAUUCCUUAUUGAAUCUAUUGGUGCAUCAAAAGCUAGCAAAUUUAAAAGUAUAAUAUAUAAUUAAUUCUCCAGUUGACCUCUUUGAAAGAGUAUUCUUAAGAUUUAUGUAUAUUAAUGCAUUCUUAUAAAAGAGCAUAUACAAUUUAAAUAAUUUAGAACAAUAAGAAUUAUUCUAAUUUUAAUUGGAUCAUUGUAUGUUAAAGUUUAUUCUUCCUUCUGAUGAUAUGAUCAAUUAUUAAAGAUUUUUAGAUAUGAGCAAUUUUCGUAAAAUCUUAAAAAAUCCUCCUCAUUCUCUUGAAAUCUAAUUUGAUUCCACUAAAAAUCCUUAUAAACAAACCCUUCAAAUUUUUGAAGACAAUAUAUUAGAUAAAGAUAGUAUACUUUUUGAUUAAGUCUUCAUAAGAUUAUUAUGUCAUUAUUCAGGGACAGAACUAUUAAUUUAAAAAUUGUUUAUGAACAAUUAUAUAUUCCAUUUCAGAUGUGUCUUUCAAGAAAUUCAAAUUAUCAAUCAUAAACAUAUGUUAGAUAUAACUAAUAGAUUAAUAGAUUAAAAAGAUUUUCUAUUUCUAUUAAUACGAAUGAUAGCUAUUAAUAAAGAUUAAUCAUUAAAUGACGUUUUAGUACAAAGCCUUUAAUUUAUUAAAUCCAAAUAAAUCCAACUCUUUGAACAUAAUAACUUUUUAGAAAAGUUAUAGUUGUUUGAACUCUAAGGAAUACAAGACUUCUUAAUGGAAUGGAAAUAAGAAUUUCAAAUUGCUGAAGGCAGCUCCUAUGAAAAUAAAUUGUCAUUAAGCCCAAAAUUUUAAUAAAUAUUUUUUCAACAAUUAUUAGAUCCCUAAUUUACAUAAGUCUUUAAGAAAUAACCUAAUUAUUAAUAGUGGAAUAACAUUAUUAUUUAAAUCAUUAGGAAAUCAUUUUUGGAUGAUGGAUAAAGUCAACUACCUUUUCACAUUUUAAAUCCUUUAUUGACUUAUUCAGUAAAUCUUAUUAUUGAACUACCAGGAAAUAGUCAGAACUAAUAAUUAGAUUAUACAUUAGAAACACAAAUCGUUUAAGGAUUGCUUGAAAUUCUAAAAUAUUGUUCCAAAACUUAAUAACUCUUACUCUAAAUUAGAGGGUUUCAAUUAUUAAAUCAAUUAGUUACUUAUUAUAAAUAAGAAUUUGAUUAAGUUUAGAUUUAAAAUGCUUAAUCUGAAUUCAUGAUGCCUGUACCUGAAAGAUAUCACAAAUUACUAUCUGAAAUUUGGUCAAACAAGAUAUUAGAAAAUAACUUACAUAAUUCUUAGCUUAACGAAUAAUUAUACAUAUAUUUAAUUACUUUGUUAGCAAUAAAUAUGGGAGAGAACCCAGGAAGAGUGAGAGAAUUUUAUGAAAAUUAAAAUUUAUAAUUUCUCAUUGAAAGAAUUAUGGAACUGUUGAAAAUAUGUUCAAGAGGAUCACAUUUAAUUGUAACAAUAAUAAAUUUAUUGAUUGCUAUAAGUACGAAUGAAUAAGCGAUAUCAUUGGCCUUAUCAUCAAGUAAUGACAAAGAUUAAUAAAGAUAAGAGAAUCUUAUAAAGUAGAUAUUUACAAAAUGUUAUUUACCCUCAAUUGAACUUCUUCAUGAUCCUUCAGUAAGUGAAGAUUUUGCUAAAAAGAUCAUUAUGUUGUAUAGUUAAAGUCUAUAAGCUAAAAAGCAAAUAGAAAAAGUAAUAGAAAACACUUUUGUAUCAAUUUCAUAAUUGGUUGAUUUAAGCAAAGAUAAAAUUGAAGAAAUAGUUAGCAAUCAAGAUAAAUUGCAAUCAUUUUAUGGAUAUUCAAAAAGUCUUUAAGCUUUGUUGUAAUUAUUUAUGUAAUUACAACCUGAAAAGAAAUCAUCAUUGUAUCGUUAAUUUUAAGGAUAUGAAGAACUACAAUUGGAAGAAGCUUAAAGAUAAAAAGAUAUGUUGUUUAAUUCAUUGUUAAAGAAUUAAAAGUUUGUUGAUGCUUUGGAGAAAAUAAUAAUGAGUCCAAUUUUAAUAGGAAGCAAGAAUAAGGACAAAUAUGUGGAACAUUAUGUUGGAAUCUUAUGUAAAAAAGGUAAACUUAAUCCAUUUACUUCUUUAUGGAAAGAAUUAGAUCUAAUAUCGUAGAAUUAUAUGAUUAUUGGGGAUUAGAAAAUAAUUGAUAUAAGUAAGUUAGUUGAUUAUGAUGCUUUAUCAGUACAUAUGAGUUAUAAAUAUUUCUUUAGAAAGAUUAUUAAACACAUUUCACCAUAAACUUAUAGAGGAUUUUAUAUUUUAAGUCGUUUCCAUUUAAUACAUUAUUUAAUAAAGAUUUGUGUUAGUUAAGGAGGGGUAUAAAAUUAAGAUAUUCAUUUAUUGAUUGCUUAACUAUUGCAAAUUUACUUCUUGUCUUCCCAACAUGCUGGAUUUCAUGAAUCUAUUAUGAUGAAUAUGGCAGCCAAAUCUUAGAUAUAAAGAUUUUAAAAUAGUUAUGAUGAAGAUUCUCAAAUGAGAAGAAGAAUUAGUAAAGAUAAUUAAAUACCUCUCUAAGAAUCAUGUGUAGAUUUAAUAAAUAAAUUAUAAUUAUAAGCUACUGUAGAAUAAAAGUAAUUUAUUAUAAAAAAAUAUGGAGAAAUAACAUAAUUAUUCUUUCUCAAUUUUAGAGAAAAAUACUAACAAAUUAAAGAAUCUUAAGGAUUAAAAUUGAUUUCACAUGUUACUUACAUGUAAGACAUUCUUAAGUCUUUCAAGUUUUUUUUAAAUCUAUUUUAAAAUUUAGAAUAACAGAAUUAACCAAUAUAAUUCACAUUUAUUUGUUAUUAAAACAAAUCUUUUUAUUUAGAUUUAAUUGAUAUGAUGAAACAUAUAGAUAAUGUUUAAAAACUACCAUUAAAUAAUAAUAAAGAAUAAGAGGUUGUCAAGAAAAUUCUACCUAGUUUUAUUGAAGCUUUUAAUUUACAUAUAGACAAUAUCAUAAAAUAAUCAAUUUUCAAAAAAAUGCUUUUGGAUAAAAUUCAAUUAUCUGAUUUAUACAUAAUUGAUCCAUAAUAAUUAGAAUAGAUCUUCAAUGAAUUAAUACUUUCUUAAACUCAUUUGCUUAGAGAAAUGAUUGGCUCACUUCUUUGUGGUAAUUGUGAAGGUCCAUUAAAGAAUUUAUUAGAAUAACUUAUUUAAAGAUUAUAUUUAAUUAAAGAUACUUAAAUAUAGGAUUUAAGAAAAUUAGGAGGUUUAGAGUAAAUAGAUUAAGCACCUCAAUAAGAGCACAAUCAAUUACAAUAAGGUAAAGAUACAAAAGAAUAAAAGAAAUCAAUUUUUGAUAAACCAGAAAUUUAGGGAAUUUUAGAUAGAGUUGAAGAAAUGGGGUUUAAUCCAAAAUUAGCUAAGAAAGCUAUCCAAAGAGCGGAGGUUCCUGAAUUAUCUGUUGUUCUUGAUAUGAUAUUUAAUGGAAGAAUAUCAGAUGAUGAAGAAGAUUUGGAAGAUCUAAUUUUUGAAUCAGAAAUUAAAGGUGAAAAUUCAGAAACUUAUCAAAUUAAUUAAUAAAUUUAAACUGAUGCUAAGAAUUUAAUUGAAUAAGAAUAAAAAUAGAAAAUCAUAGCCAUUACUGACAAUGAUUUUUUUUUGAGGAUUUUAAAUUAAAACUUCCCUUUAUUUGAUCCAUAACUAACAUUACAAGAAAGAAUUUAGGUGGUAAUCAAUGAUUUUUAAUAGAAAUUAGAUGAACUCAUUAACUAACUUUUAGAUUAAUAAUUAAAGGGUUAAAAAUCUAAUAGUAAUCUUUUAGAAUAUUUAUUCACUAUUGCUAAAAAAUAAUAACAUAUUUAGAAAAUAUUGGAUUAUAUUUUUGUAANUCUUAAGGAUUAAAAUUGA